AUGGCCCAUGUUACGGUAGCAAUGGCAGAGAUACAAUGUCGACAUUUCAGGGACUCCGGUGCCAAAUUGCUGAAAGAUGCAGAGUUUUCCGGCGGCCCGCCAGCAGAUCCCCCGACAUCCAAGCUUAUUCGUGGAAAGAUCAUCCAAACCCGCUUUGGUACAGACACAGUCCCCCCGCUAGUAUUCUAUCAAUCCCUGAUUCGUCAGGUACUGCAGUCCAGACUCACCAGACUUACCCCGCAAUCAUCGAUCUCGAUGGCGUGGGGCGUGGAACGAGCUGUUCUUCAGCGCGAUGCUUCAGCAGCUUGUUUCUUGAAGACCAUCGGCUACCGAGGCGUUGGAUCAAUUGAGGAUCACAUGUUUCACACUCCUAAUAUCCCCGCCACGAGCGGCUCCAGAUAG